UGAUGUUGGUUAUUGGAUCGACCUUCCACACCAUUACGAGUUAACCGCUGGUUUUGAUAUAGCUAAAUGGAUGAGACAUACGACGUUAUCGUGCUUGGUACUGGUUUAAAGGAAUGUAUACUCAGUGGUUUAAUGUCUGUGGAAGGAAAGAAGGUGCUGCAUAUAGAUAGAAAUAAUUACUAUGGUGCUGAAACCACAUCAUUUACACCACUGGAAGCACUUUUUCAGAAGUUUAAUAAAAAUGCAGACCUCAGUGCAUUUGGCCGGGGAAGGGACUGGAAUGUAGACCUGAUUCCAAAGUUCCUGAUGGCUGAUGGAAAAUUAGUAAAAUUGCUUGUUCAUACAGGUGUUACUAGGUAUCUCGAGUUUAAAAGUAUCGAGGAGAGCUAUGUUUUUGAUAAAAAGUCAAUACACAAGGUCCCGAGUAACGCGAGUGAAGCUCUCUCAACAAGUUUGGUUUCUUUGUUUGAAAAAAGAAGACUAAGGAAUCUCCUGCAAUGGGUUGUGGAUGUUGAUCCUGAUAACCCUUCUACUUGGAAUGCUGUAUAUCCCCCACCUAAAAGUAUACUAAGCAAUUCUAUUGAGGAGGCUUUUUCAUAUUUCGGUGUCGAUGAGACUACUAAGAAUUUCGUCGGUCAUGCCAUUUGUCUGUAUACAGACGACUCCUACAGACAGAAAGCACCAGCUAUAGAAGUCAUCACCAAAAUGCAGCUUUAUAACAAUUCGGUCAACCGGUUCGGCAAAUCUCCAUAUCUUUAUCCUCUCUACGGCUUAGGAGAAUUGCCCCAAGCUUUUACUCGACUUAGCGCAGUAUAUGGCGGUACUUACAUGCUCAACAAACCAGUAGACGAAAUUGUGAUGGAGAAUGGCAAAGUUAAAGGGGUGAAAUCUGAAGGUGUAACCGCACUAUGUACGCAGGUGAUAUGUGAUCCUAGCUAUGCCCCAGAUCGCGUCCGAAAGUGUGGUCAGGUUGUUCGUGCUAUAUGCAUCUUAAAUCAUCCCAUUCCUAAUGUAAAGAAUUCUCAUUCAUUACAAAUCAUCAUUCCUCAAAACCAAGUUGGUCGACAUCAUGAUAUAUAUGUUUCUUGUGUCUCUCAUCCACACCUUGUAUGCCCAGAAAAAUUCUUUGUUGUCUUAGUGGCGACAACUGUAGAAACAUCAAAUCCACAUGAAGAACUUCAACCUGGUUUACAAUUACUUGGACCUAUUGCACAUAUUUUCUAUUCGGUAACAGAUUUAUUUGAACCUGUAGAUGACGGUAAAUCGAGUAAUAUAUACAUUUCGAAAAGUUAUGAUGCAUCAACUCAUUUUGAAAGUACCUGUAAUGAUGUGUUAGAAAUGUACAAUCGAAUAACUGGAAAGCCAUUUGAUUUCAGUAAAGUUACUAGGAGUUUGGAAGAUGAAUAAUAACAACUGUAUUGUCACUGUAAAUCCUCCCACUGAAUAAAUGGGAAUAAUAACAACAAUAAUAAUGCCAAUGGUUAUCACUUUCAUUAUUUAAAGCGUACUGACGACAUGAUUGGUCUACCAUUUUGUUUUCUUUUUUGAUCUACUUAAUAAUUCCCAUUCUACUAUUCAUUCCGAUGAUAACUACUUAUAUUACUGUGUGCGAAUAUUUCCAUACUGUUAUAUAACAGUGACAUGUUCUUGUGUUCAUUUUAUAAUGAUACUUUACCAUUUAUUCAUUACUUUUUAAUCAUGAUUUGAAUAUUGUUCAUUUGUGAACUCCAUUUUCAUUAAAUCUUCACAUUUUAUUGAUUUUGUUUUUCUGAUUAACUGUUGUUCUCAUUUUGUUGUUGUGAUAUCCCGAUCACUGUCCUCAGUAAAUUUCCUUGUGUUCUGUAUUCACUUUUGUAUUCUGUCAUAAAAAUUAAUUAAAAAUUUUCAAUGUGACUAACCAUAAUGAGACUAUUUGGAGAUUUAGUACAAACUUGUGGAAUAAGAAUGUUUACUCUGUUGUAUGAUGGGCCACAAUUUUAAAUUAACUAAAUAUGUUAGAUCAGUGACUGG